AUGGACUCCGAAUGGAUAAACUUCAUGUCCCCGGACUGGUAUCCAGUCAAGCCGAUCUGGCAGGGUACUGAGCAGUGCGUUUUGGAGCAAAAGGACUUGCUCCUCUCGCUUCCCCGUCUUUGGAGAAUGAUGCUGCUCAGCGAUGGGUCAGUUACACGCCAUUUGGAGCUCUUGCUUGGGGAGCAAGUCACUGUAGAUUGUGUGGAGAUGCGGGGGAUUGGUCAUGCUCUCCUGGGCUUGCCACCUGGCACAGCGCUGGUGCCGGGACCACGAGUUCAGAGACAGGUCCAUCUGAAGCCUCCGUCUGGGGAGGUGUUGGUGUAUGCUGCUUCAUGGUGGGCAGCAGAGGAGGUGAAGACAGCACUACCAGCUGUGCAGCAGCCUGUAUGGAAGACCCUGCAGCAGCAGAGGACAGAACUCUUUCGCUCACUGGAGCGACUGUAUUAUGGGUCCUCUCCUCAUCUAGAAAGAAUAUUUGGAGUACCAGGACCUUUCUGGGCUAGGCACUAUUUCUUUUAUAGUCACGGUCGCCCGCUUACCCUCAUCUACGAAGCUUUUUCUCCUCGUUUGGAUGCUGUUCUAGGAGACAGCAGUCACGAUGGAGUGCUGCAGUGCCCUGCCAACAACAGCAGCGCGGGCGACCUCGUCCUCCCAGCACUAGAGGCAGGCGCCGUCGCUGCAGGCACGGCACGACGGAGUGCUGCAGUGCCCUGCCGACAACAGCACGGGCGACCUCUUCCUCCCAGCCCUAGAGGCAGGCGCGGUCGCUGCAGGCACCGUUCUUGCCUCUCUUCACCGCUCGUCACACUCUCGUCACCUGAUUACACCCCUCUCUACCCCUUCAGGCACGAUGGAGUGCUGCAGUGCCCUGCCGACAACAGCACGGGCGACCUCUUCUUGCCAGCACUAGAAGCAGGCGCUGUUGCUGCAGGCACCGUGCCUUGGCACACCACCAGGGGGAAGUUCCUGCUGCUGCACUGCGUCCGAGGGCAGGUGGGUGGGUGCUGGGGAAGGCUGGUAUCAGGGCAGGUGGGUGCAAGUAUUGAAGGGCAGGGCAGGUUCCGUGCCUGCUGGGGAAGGUGGGCACCGUGCCUUGGCACACUACCAGGGGUGCACUGCGUCCGAGGGCAGAUCAGCAACCGGGUGCUCUGCAUAAAGAACCACCUCCUGUUAGCCGGCCUUCUCUCCCGCACGCUCAUCGUGCCUUUCCACCACUCAGAGGUGGUCCGCAACUACAACAUGCACGUGGCUCUCGACGUGGAGCACCUCCGCCGCUGCUUCGGCAAGGUGGUCUUCACCACAGCAGAGUACCGGAGGAAAUACGUGAAGCCGAUCAAUGUCACGGAGGUGGUGUGCUGGCACGGCCCCAAGGGCGCGUGCAGGGAGGAGGACAAGGAGCUGCUGUUGAAUUGCCCCGCCCCUGAGACCAUGAACACGCCAGCUUCCGUGCUGGUUGGGGGCGACGGAGAGGCGUUGAGAAAGCACCACAGAAAGUACCGGAGGAAAUACGUGAAGCCGACCAAUGUGACGGAGGUGGUGUGCUGGCACGGCCCCAAGGGCGCGUGCAGGGAGGAGGACAAGGAGCUGCUGCUGAAUUGCCCCGCCCCUGAGAUCAUGAACACACCGGCUUCCGUGCUCGUUGGUGGGGAUGGAGAGGCCUUGAGAAAGGUACAGUGGUGGGUGUGA